UCCAAAUGGGGGAGCAUUAUACCAGAGACAGUAAGGUAUAGAGGAUCUUUGAUUAUACCAGGCGAAAUCUGACAAAACUAUCAACGUACACGAUAAGUAUUUUAAUUUGCAGACGUAUUUAAGAUCAGACAUGGCUGUAGCAAACACGGAUCCUGUUUUGAAAGAGUGUGAACUGAAACACUGCCUGCCACAAAUAUAUAAGGCACUGUUGACAGCUUCAUGCCUGUCAUGUCCCAGUGACCCAAUACAGUUUCUCAAGAACACUCUGUUGGCCUUCCAGGGACAUGAUAAUCUCCAGGAUGUGGACUGGCACAAGUUUGUUGCUGAUGUACAACAGCGCAGUGCAACAACCACUUCUAUGAUCUGUAGAAGUGUAGACAAGGCCUAUAUGGAUCCAGAUGAAGACAUGCUGCCCCUUUGUCUGCUAGAGAAGGCCUACAGCUGUCAAAGGAAAAAUUUAACAAGCUGUUGCUUCAGGAAGUGGAAGAGGUUCACCAUGCAGAGCAAGAGAGAUACCAUAGAGCUGGCUCUGCAGAUGGACAUGACAAAGAAGCACUUUGAGACGAAAUGCCAGCAGGUUGCACUCACCAAAUGGUUGAACUGGGUGAAAUUACACAAGAGGACACAGGCUGCUGCCAUAGAGAAACUUGAGAGACUUGUAAACGCUGGUCGCAAUAAGCGCAUCAUAGCUGCAUGGUGUAACGUUGCAAAGGACGCAAAGAGGACAAAGGAGUAUUUUAAGAAGUUGGAAAUGGGUUCUCUAGAAAUCAACAACAAGGACCACCAGAUUGGAGAAGGAUGUGACGGACUCUCAGUGCUCCCUGGCAGCCUUGCAUUGAAGAUCUUUCAAUAUCUAGAAUUACGAGACUGGCUGAAUUGUGCUGAGGUCUGUUGCACAUGGAAAGCUAUCAUCCAGUCAGGCACACUGUGGAGUCAGAUCAACUUCUCUGUAGAGAAAGACUGGAUAACAGACAGCACAAUGAAGCAGAUUCUGCAGAACUAUCGCCCAUUUGUUAUCCAUCUUAACCUGCGGGGCUGCACAUCACUUACAUGGCCCAGCUUGAAAUGUAUCAGUGAAUGCAGGAAUCUCCAGGAGCUCAAUGUAUCAGAGUGUUUUAAUGUCACAGACAUGAUGGUUCAGAGACUUGUCGAAGGAUGUCCCUGCCUGCUCUACUUGAACCUUUCCUGCACACUUGUAACAAACAAAACUCUAAGAGAACUGUCCAGGAACUGUCUCAACCUUCAAUACCUCAGUCUGGCAUACUGCUACAGAUUCACAGAUAAAGGUUUUCUAUACCUGACCACAGGGAAGGGCUGCCACAGUCUCAUCCACCUCAACCUGUCCGGCUGCACUCAGAUGACAGUAAAUGGGUUCAAAUACAUCUCAGCCGGAUGCCCUUCACUCAAAGAGGUUGUGAUUGAUGACAUGCCCACACUGUCAGAUAGCUGUGUCUUGGCACUACUUUCCAGAUGUCGCUGUCUGUCUGCCAUUUCUCUGCUGGAUGCUCGUCAUCUUUCUGACGUUACCUUCAAAGCCAUCGCUGAAGCAGCAACACUGAAGACUUUCAGUACAGAGGGUAACAACCAACUCUCAGACGUCAGCUGGAAGGCCCUGUGCAGCAGCUCGCAAGGCCUCAACCGACUCCACGCUGCAGAAUGUCCCAGAAUGACUGACACAAGCCUCAAAUCUGUCGCUACCCUCAGGGACCUGCAUUACCUGGACAUCUCACUUUGCCACAAGGUGAGUGAUGUUGGGAUCAAGUACUUGACUGAAGGUUCCUCAGUCACCAAAUUGCGAGAGCUAAAUGUCAGUCACUGCAGCCAUAUCACUGACAUCUCUGUCAUGAGGAUUGCACAAAGGUUGUGUAAACUGUACCAUCUCAACUUGAGUUACUGUAAGAGACUGACUGACAUGAGUCUGGAGUGGCUGAGUGGCAGCUCUAUCUGCUCUCUUGACAUCAGCGGUUGCAACAUCCAGGAUCAGGGCCUGGCUGCUGUUGAGGAAAUUCGCUUGAGGAAGUUAAUUCUUGCUGAGUGUGUCUACAUCACAGACAUUGGCAUAGAGAAGCUGUGCAAGAAUGUGAGAGAUCUGGAACAUGUUGAUGUGUCUCACUGUGUAGCUCUGUCUGACCCAGCCAUCAGAGCCAUUUCAUUUUACUGCACAGGUCUGGUCACACUGCGGAUGUCAGGUUGUCCCAAGAUGACAGAUGUGGCAGUGCAGUAUCUGACAAGUGGAUCUCGGUACCUGCGAGAGCUUGAUGUGAGUGGCUGUGUUCUCCUCACAGAUCGCACACUACGACACUUACAAAGGAUCUGUCCUCCGCUCUGCUCCAUCACAAUGUCCUGCUGCAGCAGCAUCUCCAAGUUGGCCGCCUUAAAGCUGCAGCCACGUGUGAAACACUGGGAGCACAGCAACGACUAUCCUCCAUACUGGUUUGGGUACAACGUGGGUCAAAUAGUGCAUCCAAUAACAAGACCCAUCAUGACUGAUGACACCUGGGAUGUGGUAGAGCAGCACUCAGUGAUAACAAGAGCAGCAAGUAAAGAAAGGACAUAAACAGAUCUCAAUAAGUAAUGAUUUUAUAAAGACACAGUCCUAAGCAAUAGGCACAGCAUUACUGACAAUCAUGCAGUCACAGCAGCUAUCACUAUAUUACAUACUUUAUAUCAAAAUGUAUUAAAGGCAUUUUCAACAAACCAUCAUUUGAGAUAACCCUCAGCAAAAUCUCAAAUUACUGGUUAUAAUCAGCUUGAGUUUCACUGUUUUGUAUGUACCCUACCUGUUUGAAUAGAAGGUCAGAAUUAGCACUGCUUCAGCUGUCUGCUUGACACAUUAUAUUUCAUCAGCUCCUGACAGUGGAACAUCCUGUGCUGUCCUGUGUUGCCUUUAAUACUGUAGAUCACUUUUUGCUUCUACAUAAAUUUUUACACAUUGCCUUUGACGCUUGGCAAGGCUCCAGUGGCUGUGAUGUAUGUAUGUGAUUUUCACUGUGGUUUUCUUCAGGGGUCCUUUAUUGUUGACAAUUUAUAGUAAGGAUAUGAUAUGAAGUUGAUAUUUAAUAUAUAAUUUGCAUGCUAAAUUUUCUUUUGCUCCUUAUAUUCUAUACGGCCAUCCAUCAAAAGUCAGCAACUUCUCAAUUGUAAGUUUGUUUUAAACUAAGAAAUACAGUUUAAAAAACCUUACUGCUCCAAUUUUUGGUUGUAUAUACUGUAUUUCUUAGAUGGCACUAGGAUAGAUGCUGCCUCAGUCUAACUACAACAGAUUCCAGAUUGAGGAGAAACAUAAUUUAAAAUGUUCUAUAGAUGGCUAGUAGUAAGAUUACUGAGAAAAGUUGCCACCCUGUAUAUGAAGAGUUGCUUCCUUAUCCCUUGCAAAAAGAAAAAUAAUUUUAGAUUAUAGAGAUACAAUCUAUAGUUGAGCUGCAGCCAUAAUUCUGAAAUCACUGGACGCUGUUUACCAUGCAGCACUAAUUAUUAAUCACAGAUGACAAGUAUAACACACACCACUGUGUCGAUGCAAAAGUUGUCUGGCCAUCUGUAGGAUUAAAGACAUGACUAUCAUUAGUAUAUAUUCAAUUGCAAAGGUUUUUACUUCCAUAUACAAAGAACCAACUACAAAUCACUUUAUAUUUGGACCUCAGUUCAACAGCCUGAUUUCAGAGCUUGUGAAAUCUGAUCAGAAUUGUUUUGUUUCUUUGUCUAAAUUUUGUGAUAUAGUAUAUAUAGAUAGUUUGUCCAUGCAAUGUCUGUGUACAACUAUGUUGUUUAUUUAUGCUUAUUAAAUUAAAAAGAUGUAACCUUUUAUUUUACAAUCUUGAUAUAUCUUUUGUUCAUAUAACACUGUCUAUUUGCUUUACUCCUGCUUUUCCUACUGUAACCUAAUUUUUAUCAGGACAUUUUAAGAGUGUGUGGAUCUGUUUUAUGUGGGACAUAACUGUUAAAACUCUAUAAUCUAAAGAUCUGUGAUGCUCCAGUGAGAUGAAGCUCAUUAGUUGAAACAAGUGUAGAUCGCGUGCAGUUCAUC